AAAGCGGCACCGUUGACAACUUGCUACUUACCUUCUUUACUUAUACGUCAAUUGGCCCGUCUGCUUGCAUCCACAGCAUUGUCCGCGUAGACGGCCGGGCCGCUGGUUUGUCGUUCUUUAUGGUGGGCAACGGAGACUGGCUCCGCUGAGUGACUAUGAGCCAGGAUAGCCACUCGCGCGUAGACGCCGACUACACGAGGCGGCGCCUAUGCUUGUCUUUGUCUCUCUGAGUCUGCAUCGCCGUCAAUUGCUCUUUCAUCUCAGGCUGCCACUCCAUUCCAGUCGCAGGACAUCGGUCGGUCGUCAUCGACUCAUCGAGUGUCACGACCAACACCAUCUGGAUUGUUAUCAUCACAUACCUCUGACAUCGAUGUUUUCGUUGCGUCUAUUCAAGGCCGACCAUCCCGGCGGCACUCGGGCUGAAGACCUUGUCAGAGAGCUGGCAAGGAAACCGCAUCCCCGCUACUUGGAAUGUAAACCGGCAGUCUUCGUCCAACCGACGCCGUAUCGCCCUCAUCUUGAUGGGAGGGUAAAGUUUGCUGCAAUCCUCGGCGGGGAAUGGGGAGUGUGUGGCGCAGAGGCUCGUGCUGAGAAUACAAACCACAUAGCGGUCGAUGAAGGCCAUCAUGACCUGGUCUAUACAUGGCCACCGGUCCUGUCGUCACAGACCAGACAACAACCUACAAAUAUGCUGCAGUCACAAGACUUGCUCAGGGACCAAAUGAGUGAACAAUCAUUCGGGCCCUGCAUGCAUGACAGGGCGGGCAACUACUCCGCGACCCAUCGGACAUGAGCGCGAGCUUGCUCGGCGGAUGCGGUCUGAGUAUCGCAUGUGCGUUUUCCGCGCGUUCGAAAUACUUGCAACAGCGCGUAUGCUUGCGCAAGAAGGAGAGGAGGACCUGCUCCUCCGCGAGGCCAUGGAUCUGACGCUUCAUGCUGCGGCGGAGGAUGCCAAGGAUGCCGGCUUCGAGAGGUCUGCGACAUCGACUGCCGGUCAAAAGGAGAGGGGAACCGUCGCGGCGUCUUCACAGAU